AUGGCUAGCCAAGCCCCGACUGACGCAGCCCCCGCUGCCGAACCCAAAACCCUGCCCGAUCGCAACCAGGCCGCAAACCCCGCCGAGGGCGAGUCGAAGAAUGCUGCGAAGAAGGCCGCAAAGGCUGCCAAACUGGCUGCCGACAAGCUGAACAAAAAGGACAAGGCGAAGCAGGAAAAGCCGAAGCAGGAGAAGAAAGCGCCCGCCAAGAGUAAGAAGACCGACGGUGCGGCGCUCAUUGGAAUUGAUGUCGCCAAGGAAGAGGAUUUCCCCGAAUGGUACCAGCAGGUUCUUACCAAGGGUGACAUGUUGGAUUACUAUGAUGUUUCGGGCUGCUUCAUCCUGAAGCCCGCCUCUUAUCAUGUCUGGGAAACCAUCCAGCACUUCUUCGACACCAGGAUUAAAGGAAUGGGAGUCAAGAACUGCUCGUUCCCGCUUUUUGUUACUGAAGAUGUGUUGAAGCGUGAGAAGGAUCACAUUGAGGGCUUUGCUGCUGAAGUCGCCUGGGUCACUCAUGCUGGAAACACCCCCCUCGAGAAGAAGAUCGCCAUUCGCCCUACCUCGGAGACCGUCAUGUACCCUUACUAUUCUAAGUGGAUCCGCUCUCACAGAGAUCUGCCCCUUCGUCUGAACCAAUGGAACUCAGUCGUGCGCUGGGAGUUCCAGCACGCCACUCCCUUCCUCCGAACACGUGAGUUCUUGUGGCAGGAAGGCCACACUGCCCACCUUACGGAGGGUGCUGCUCGCGAGGAGGUGCUUCAGAUCCUUGACUGGUACUCCGAUGUCUAUGAGGAGCUUCUUGCUGUUCCCGUUGUCAAGGGACAGAAGACUGACAAAGAACGAUUUGCCGGUGGAUUGUAUACUACCACUGUUGAGGGAUACAUUCCUGCCACCGGUCGUGGUAUUCAAGGCGGUACAUCUCACGGACUUGGUCAAAACUUCUCCAAGAUGUUUGACAUCACUGUUGAGGACCCGAGCAAUAAGCCCGGCGAGAAGAAGCCCCCUCUACACGUGUGGCAGAACUCCUGGGGUCUUUCCACCCGCUCUCUGGGUGUCAUGGUCAUGAUUCACAGCGACAACAAGGGUCUGGUCCUUCCCCCUCGUGUUGCAGAGACCCAGGUUGUCAUCAUUCCCGUCGGUCUCACCGCGAAGACCACUGAUGAGGAGCGCACCAAGCUUCAUGCUGAGAUAGACGGUCUUGUUGCCGUCUUGAAGGCUGCUGGCCUUCGUGCCGAGGGUGACUCAAGAGAUACUUACUCCCCCGGUUGGAAGUUUGCCGAUUGGGAGCUGCGUGGUGUUCCUCUUCGCCUGGAGUUCGGCCCCGGUGAGUCGGCCGGCCACUUUGUCACUACUGCCCGCCGUGAUAUCCCUGGCAAGGAGGGCAAGGGCACUAUUCCCAUCCCUGAUCUUGCUACUGCUGUCCCUGAGCUGCUGGAUACUAUCCACCGUGAUAUGUACAACCGUGCUGAUGAGCAGUUCAAGGCUCACCGCAAGAUCGUUUCUAACUUUGAUGACAUCGUUCCAUUCAUGAACGACAAGCACCUUUGCAUCGUGCCCUUCUGCUUGGCCGAGGACUGCGAAACUCAGAUUAAGAAGGAUACUGCUAAAAAGUCAGAGGAGAUCGCUCAGUCUGGGCCUGCCGACGCGAAGGCCCCCAGUAUGGGUGCCAAGUCCCUGUGCAUUCCGUUCGACCAGGCUCAGUUUGGCGAACUUCCGGCAGAAACCAAGUGCAUCAACCCCAGCUGCAACCGCCUUGCCCAGAAGUGGGUCAUGUUUGGCCGCUCUUACUAA